AUGGUGCAAGUUCGUUUUAUUGGCCUGCUGUUAGUCUGCUCGAUGCUGGCGUAUUUCCUGCCUGGAUUACAAGCAGCCCCAAGUCCACGUCCUCAGGAGGAGCCCAGCGCCGAUCUGGAAGCAGGAGUAGCCGAUGAAAAGGAUCUUGAAGGAGCAGCUUCCUUUGGCUACGGAUAUUACAGUUCACCUUAUUUGGGCUAUUACGGUGGUGGUUAUUGGCCACAUUACAGCGGCGGCUACUAUGGAUUGGGCUAUCCCUAUUAUGGCGGCUACUAUGGACUCCACCAUCAUCAUGGACACUACGGACAUUACUACUAG